CUCAUGGGUAUGCUCAAAAUGGCUGUUAGUCCUGACUUGAAUGGGCACUUUCGUUCUAUGGAUUCUAUUUCUAUGGAUAAUAUUUUUUUUCGCGCUGGCAGUGAAUAGCUAAAGGCCUUUCGCAAAUUUCAAAAUACAAUCGUGGGAAAUACGUUUGGAAAGCAAAUGCCUACUGCCUGAAAGAGAAGACUAAUUUGUCAGUAGAAGCUACCAUUUUUUCCCUCAACGAACAGCACUGUUUUUCAAAGUAGUCAGGCCUAUCUUGAGACCAUCACCUGUACAGUAAGAAACCUAGGCUACGCAUACUCAUGCUAUCUAUCUCCAUCAUUGGGAAUCAGUAUGGCACACCGCUCUCAGUGUUCCUCAGCCGGGGAUGACCUCCUGGACCCCAACUACGUGCCUCCCCACUACCGCGAGGAAUACCGGCUGGCCAUUGACGCACUUGUGGAGGAUGACCUGGAGGGCUAUUAUGAAUUCCUCCAGAGUGCGGAUGUGGUGGACUUCCUUUCCAGACAGGAAAUUGAGCACAUUAAGUGCACAGUGAAAGUUCCGUACCAGAGCACUCAGCCUGAGCUCCCAUAUGUGGAGUCUGGGGGAGACGGCUCUUCAGACACAUACUGGCCCGUCCACUCUGACUUGGAUGCACCCGGUCUUGACCUUGGCUGGCCCGAACAGCAUCGCUUCAUAGGACCCACCGAUGUCACCACACUGGUUAACCCCUCUGAGCCAGAUAUGCCAAGUAUCAAGGUGCAGGCUCGUCGACUUAUCAAGAAUGCUCAACAAGUGAUCGCUGUGGUAAUGGACACCUUUACAGAUGUGGACAUCUUUGCUGAUAUUCUGGAUGCUGCCAUGCGAAAUGUUGCCGUGUAUAUCAUUCUGGAUGAACAGAAUGCACACCACUUCACUAGCAUGGCUUCCAACUGCCGGGUCAAUCUGGAAAACAUUCAAUUCAUGCGUGUCAGAACUGUGUCAGGGGUCACCUAUCACUGUCGCUCUGGGAAGACCUUCAAGGGUCAGAUGAUGGAUCGCUUCUUGCUGACAGACUGCAGGGCAGUCCUGAGUGGAAACUAUAGCUUCAUGUGGUCUUUUGAGAAGCUUCACCGUUGCAUGGCUCACCUCUUCCUUGGACAGCUUGUGACUACUUUUGAUGAGGAGUUCCGGAUCCUGUUUGCACAGUCCCAACCUUUGGUACCGGAAAAUGUCCUUGUUCCAAUGCCACACUACAGCAGUUUAUCUGACAGCCAAUACAGCAGUGAUCGGACACUAUUGUUCAGAGAUCCCAGAAAGUUCCUCCCCAUAGAGAGCUCUCGUCCUGUAGAAUGGGCUAGACAUUCCUCUGAUGACCGCAUGGAUAUGGUUCAGAAAAUGAUGCCUCCUGGAAGGUGUGAGCCCGUCCACAGUUCACUAGAUCAGGGUCCACUAGAUAUGUACAGCAACAAGUACUCCUCCCAGCAAUUUAAACUGGAGCAGCAGUCUUUUAUGGCACAAGGUCACCCCAUGAUGCAGUCAAACACAAUGGAGUUUGCUGGCACUAAAAGGCACAGUAAUGCCAGACAUUCCUCCUCUCAAUUCAUGCAGCACCAAGCCAUUCACAGCUUUGAGGGGGAUAUGGCAACCCAGAACAGGAAGAUACAUAGGGAACAGCAUCACUAUCAGAGAACAGGGCUAGAACCAGGUUAUAGCAGCUACGAUCAAUUCAGGGACCAAGGGUACCCUCUGAUGGAUCAGUAUUCUGAGUCUGGGUACCCACAUGGAAUAGCGAUAGAGCCACGAGACAACUAUGACCCUGUACUGAAUUAUUUGUCAUCUUCAAACCUUGCUGUGGAGCUGGGACAUGGCUCAAACAAAUUAUCAAGUCCAAGAGAGGGUCCCUUUAGUCAGUCAAACCCCAAAAGACUGAGCACGGGCCAGCCUCAUGCCUGUCAGACCUCCCCAACACAACAAAACCCAUUUGAACAGAAAUCAUUUUUUGUCAGGUCUGGUUCAGACUGUAAAACACAGGAUCCCAGUGCAAAGCAGGGGAUGCGAGAUUGGAGGAUCAGCUCAUACCUUAGUGCAUAUGAUGAUGCAGGAGAGGAAGACAUUCCACAGCCUAUGGGAAAUGACCCCUUUCAAGAGCCCCUUAAUCCAUCUCAAGGCAAAUUAUUUGCUCCACUGGUAUCAGAUCCCAGGUUUAGUGCCAAAGAGUUACCCAAGAUUCCAGGGCUCAGGUUAAACAAGCCCAUCUGCCCAGAACACUCAAGAACACUAGACAUUCUUGUUAGCUUGGAAACAGAUGCCCGAACAACACUAACACCACCUUCGGAGUUGUCAUCAACCACUGAAGGUGACAAAUCAGAGGAGAUGGAUGUAAAAGAGCCCAAAAGAGAAGAGUCAUUCCGUAGGAGGUUCAAUCCUGCUAUCCAAAGGACCUCUAGACUAAGAUCCUCACUAAUCUUCAGCUCACAACUAGAGCAGCAUAUCUCACAGGAACAGAAAUGUAACUCUGGCCAAGACUGUGAGGAAACUGCCAAUGAGGAAGAUGACCAAUCUAGAUUAUCCUUGACCGCUCAGGUUUUGGGAAAAAGAAGAUCCAUUACAAGAGAUCCUUUUGAAUGGAGACUUAAGUCAGCAAUAGUUGAUAAUUCAACCAUAGAGUCUUUGAAAUCUGAGGACAUCACUACUGAUUCAGGUGAUAAGGAAUUGACAAAGUAUCUUCCUGUGAGCACUGACAAGGUUUCUUCAAUGGAACAGCCUAAUCCUGCCCGUGAAGAACAAACCAAAACGGUACAAUCUGCACAUCCAUCCAAACCUGCUCAAGUUGAGAAACCCAAAACCAUACAAUCAGCACACCAGGCAUCUUCAUUGAGCAAUAAAUCCUAUAUAGAUAUGAAUGAUCCAGACAGUAGGCUUUUUUUUUUUAAAGAGUUGGCUGCCAAACGAAAAGCUGCAAAGGCUGCGGAGUCUGAGAGCGGCGCUGAAAAAGCUCCUGUAAAACCAGUGACUCCAUUUGACUUGAAAAUUAAGGAACCAGUCACAAGGAUAGAACCUAACCUUCCAAUAGCCACACCAAAUCCAGCAGAUACUUCAACCAAUAAGCCAGCUCCAGCAGAUACUUCAACCAAUAAGCCAGCUCCAGCAGAUACUUCAACCAAUAAGCCAGCUCCAGCAGAUACUUCAACCAAUAAGCCAGCUCCAUCAACAGAGGCACCUCCUAAUCCAUCAGAUACUUCCACCAAAAAGCCAACAACAUCAACAGAAGCCCCACUUUAUCCAGCAGAUACUUCAAUAAAAAAGACAGCUACAUCAACAGAAGCAUCAUCAGAAACACUGGAGACUUCACCAGUGUUACAGGAGAACAAAACAUCCAUGGCAAAAUGUGGCUCAUUACUUGAUGUCAAAGAACACCAUUCUAAAAAUAAAGAACAGCAAGACCUUCAACUUCCCAAAAGUGACUCCAAAACAUUCCUCAGAGAUAAAUUAUCUUGUGUCGAUGGACUACUUAGAGUCUCUACUGAUACUGAGAAGAUUGAGCUGAAGAACAGUCGGAACCAAAGUGUGUCUAAAGUUAACCCUGGAGAUACAAGUACAUUUCUUAAGAGCACCGCAAAAGAGUGUACCUUUAACAUCGCCCCAAAGGAUUUCAGUGUAUAUAAACUAUCUCCAAAGAAACCAAAGUCAUUCAAUCCUGCUUCAAAUGAGCUAAACCCGUCUCUUCCACUCACACUAACAGAAGCUAGCUCAUCUUCAUAUCCGACACCAAAAAGUUUAAGCUCAACUAGUCUCACUUCAUCAAAAAAUGCAGCAAAGGAGUUGAGCUCAGCCCUUACCCCCACCUUUAAGGAGCCCAGUUCAUCUAUCCCCAUGUCAAAGCAGCCAUUACCAUCCUCUAAACCUAUCACAGUAGAGUCCAACAUACCUCUGAGCCCCACCCAAUCUGAGCCAGGUGUGUCUCAUAAACAGGACUUAACAGAUUCCAAGGAAUCUCUCAGCCCUACCACAAUGCAAUCUUGCUCAUCCUCAAUUCCUGCAACAGAAUUUAUCCCUCCGCCAAACCCUACCCAAACAGAAUGUAGUUUCUUACCCAAGUCCACCUUAGUUGGGUCUAUUUCACCAACACCAAUGGAAUCUAACACCUCUCCCAAGCCCUCCACCAAGGAGUCAUUGUCUACAAUUGCCACAACUGAGUUGAGGUCAUCCUCUCCUAAGACCAAACCAAUGAAAUCCUAUUCCUCCCCUUGUCCUGGCCAACAUGAGUCGGUUUUGUCACUCAAACGUUCCAAAACAGCAUGCAACUCCUCUCCAAAGCCCGCUACAGUGUCCAAUGACUCUUACAACUCUUCACCUCCAUCUUCAAAGCAUGUCAUGGAAGAAACCAACAAAUCUCCCAUCCUCACACCAACAAAAUCUAGCUCUCCUCCCGAGCCUACCCCAACAGAAUCUAGUGCUUCUACCAAUCCAACACCAAGAGAACUCAACCCUCUUCCUAGCACCACCCCAACAGAACCAAGUGCAUCUACUGGCCUUACCCUAACAGAAUCAAGUGCAUCUUCUAACACAACCCCAACAAAAUCACACUCCUUCCUUACAUGUGGGUCAGUUGUGUGUCCCAAGCCUGGCCAAACAAAGUCGAGAACUUAUCCAAACCUCACCCUAAAUGAAUCUUGUUCCUCUCCUAAUCAUACCCUAACUGAACCUACCUCACCCUUCAACCCUGUCCUUGUGGAAUUCGUCCCAUCAAGCAACUCAAACCCAACUGAAUCCACUGCCUCUCUUGACACUGCCCCAGCUCCACCCAUCAUUGUGCAUAACAGUAAGGAGGACAAACCAAGUAAACUUAACAAGGAGCAAAAAGCGGGAAGUUCUACAGCUUCUAAAGGUGAGAAGAUAGCAGGUGAUCCUGAAACUAAGAGCAAAACUGCUCCUGGAGAAUCUGCCUCCCAUGGACUGCAGAGUCCUGAUGAGACCAAAGAGAAUAACAGCACUAUGAAACCAGAGAGCACAAUAGAUCAAAGCAAUCCCAUAUCACCCCCAUUGAAGCAACCUAAAGUAAGCCAGUCCCACUACCAUUCAUCUACUGCCAAUGUAUUCUCAAGCAGCAACCUAAGAGAUGACACAAAGCUCCUAUUAGAGCAGAUUUCUGCUAACAGCCAGAGCAGGACAGAACUCACUAAAGAAUCUGCUGUCACUGAUGAUGCCAAACAGGAUGAGGCUGACCGGGGUGUUAGUAGUAAGGAGGAAGCAUCAGUCCGACGACAGAUCGGAGGCCCGGCUAGAACUUCUCAGGAGAGGGAGAAGCUUCUUCAGAGAAUCGAUAGCAUGCGAAAGGGGAGGAAAGUCUACAGCCGCUUUGAGAUGGCGCCUUAACCAGGGAUCGGAAGGAUGAGUGAGUACGGAGAAAGACCAUUGCACAUUUUCCUCUAGAACUUGUCUUGUAACUAUGUCCAUUCCCCUAAAGUCUAAAACCACAGGUCAGAGAGGGAUCACUAGCUAACCAACAUAAAUAUUAUUCUCAGGUUUCUAUAUUAGAGGGUUUCUCCGAAUGGACUAUAUGCAUGUAAAAUAUUAAGGAUUUUGGGAACAAAAACUUGACUAAGUUUACCAACAUGGAUUACUGUGUAAAUAAGCAGAGACUCUACAGUGUGGACAAUGGACCACUGCUAUCUACAAAGGGGAACUGAAAAAUCCAAUCUCAUCAGCUAAAUGCACAACUAAAUGUGCAAUAUAUUUGAAAAUGAUUGUGCUCCUAGACACACUGGACGCACUGGUAUUGUUGACUGCAAUGUAAUAUCUGUCACUCUCUGGGUUGUUUAAUUAUUAUCUGUUUGAGGAUCUGUUUUAUAUACUAACAAUCAUUUCCAAAUAAUACAAUUAGAAUCACCAUAGAAAAUGUAUUAAUCAUAAACAGUACAAGAAUAGCUUUCAAAUAGUUGGACCACUUUUUUCAUUUGGAAUGCUUUAUUAGAAUUAUUAAAUCAGAAUGACAGUGUGCUAGAUAAACCAAAUGUAUGCAUGAAUAAUCAUGUGUAUUUGCACAAAAAAUGUAUGUGUAUAUAUACAGUAUAUAUGUAAUACUGUUAUUUUAAUGCCACAGGACAUUAUGUCCCUUUUUUUAAAGUGGCUAUCUGUGAUUGCUACAUCCAUUUUAGACUUUUAAAUUAAUUAUACACUACCAGUCAAAUGUUUUAGAAAACCUACUCAGGGUUUUUCUUUAUUUUUACUAUUUUCUACAUUGCAGAAUAAUAGUGAUGACAUCAACACUAUGAAAUAACACAUAAGGA